AGCGUCACAUAGGCAAACAGGAGCCUGAGGGGCAGCACGCAGGGACCGAAGAGGACUGAAGGAGAGACUGGGGUGUUUUGGAUCUGAUGCACAAACUGAAAGAUUGACUUACAGGAGAGGCAGGCAGAAGGGAAAAGAGAGGACUUAUUGAUUUUUACACACAGAGAAAGAAAGAGCCAGAUACACUGUACAGUUUUGUUUUUGCAGAAAAGACAGGAAGGCAGGAAGAUAACUCGUGAGCAAGCCUAAACCUUUUUCACAUUUUUCCACCUGGGACUGUAGUUGUCGUCCUGUCGUCCACUGGAGAAGAAAAGAAGCAGAUGAACGGAGGCACGUUAUGAAUGACAGGGGAAAACGCCUCCUCUCAAGCCAGCAAUGCUUUUGAGGAACUUUGCACUGGACUGUUGCUGUGUGCUAUGUUCCUGGACACGGAUGCAGGCAUAAGAGACACAUUUCCAUUGAAUUACUCUUGAGGAUCCACGUUUUCUUUUUACCUUCCGUGCAGGUGACUGUCACUAUGAUUUCGCAAAGGUACUCUUUAACACUAUCAUGGACUUCUUGUCUUCUAGUCCUGUGCCUCCUGGAUGUAUGGACCACCGCCCAACAGUCCCAGCCCCAGCUGCAGUCCCGCCGGUCCAGGCAAAUGUCAACCCUCACAUCGUCCUCCUCCUCCUCCUCAUCAGCCGGCAACCUGUCAGAGAGCGCAGAGAGCAAAGUGGAGCGCCUCGGCCAGGCGUUCAAGCGCAACGUCCGCGAGCUGCGCGAGAAAAGCUCUUGCCUGGACCUGGUCUUCCUGGUGGACGAGUCGUCCAGUGUGGGGGCCAACAACUUCCUGAGCGAGCUGAGAUUCAUACGCAAGAUGCUGUCUGACUUCCCUGUGGCGGCGGAGAACACGCGGGUGGCAUUGGUCACCUUCUCAUCCAAGACCCACGUGGUGACGAGGGUCGACCACAUCACAGCGCCCAAGUCCCACCACCACAAGUGUUCCCUGUUCAACAAGGAGAUCCCGGCCAUCAACUACAGAGGGGGCGGCACCUACACCAAAGGAGCCUUCCAGAGGGCGGCGCAAAUCCUGCGUCACUCUCGUUCGAACGCCACCAAGGUCAUUUUCCUGAUCACCGACGGCUACUCUAAUGGCGGGGACCCUCGGCCGGUGGCGGCAGCUCUGAGGGAACGCGGCGUCGAGAUCUUCACUCUGGGCAUCUGGCAGGGGAACAUCAGGGAGCUCCACGACAUGGCCUCGCACCCCAAAGACCAGCACUGCUACCUGGUGCACAACUUUGCAGAGUUUGAGGCGCUGGCUCGUCGAGCGCUGCACGAAGACCUCCCCACAGGCGGCUACAUCCAGGAGGAUCUGUCCCGCUGCUCCUCUCUGUGCGAAGCGGGCAGGGAUUGCUGCGAUGUGAUGGCGAGCUGCAAGUGCGGCACACACACCGGACAGUAUGACUGCAUCUGCGAGAAGGGAUACUACGGGAAGGGGCUGCAGCACGAGUGCACAGCGUGCCCACCUGGCACUUAUAAACCAGAGGGAACACCGGGAGGUCUGAGCACCUGCCUGCCAUGUCCGGACCUGCAGCACACGUCCCAGCCUGGCAGCACCUCCGUCAGUGACUGCGUCUGCAGGCCAGGCUAUCAGCCAGUAGGCAUGACCUGCCAGGUGGUGUAUUGUCCAGCGCUGUCCCCUCCUGAAAAUGGCUUUUUCAUCCACAAUGUAUGUAACAACCACUUUGAAGCUGCCUGCGGUGUGCGGUGCCAGCCAGAUUUUGACCUCCAGGGAACCAACAUCAGACUGUGCCAGGCUGACGGCACUUGGUCAGGGACGCCUGCCACCUGCAGAGUUCGAUCCUGCCCGCUGCUCUCUCGGCCGCAGCACGGAUUCCUUAGGUGCAGCGAUGGCGGUGCCUCCUACAGGGCGGAGUGUCAGGCAGGCUGUGAGCGAGGCUACAGGCUGGAGGGGGACGUCAGACUCACCUGCCAGGCCAACUCGCAGUGGAGUGGAUCCCAACCUCGGUGUGUGGAGGUGCGUUGUCCCCCUGUUGUGGCUCUGAAGAACAUCCUGCUGUCGCCCCCUGCCUGCGGGAGGAGGGCAGCAUCGCCGGGCUCCUUUUGCCUGCUCACCUGUCGUCAAGGUUACAGUCUCCAAGGAAACAGGAAGGCUGUGUGCAUGGGCUCCGGGAACUGGACCGCUAACGUCCAUAAAGCCGUCUGUAAAGAUGCUGAAUCACCAAGGAUCCAGUGCCCUGCGGACAUCGUCGCAGAGACAGAUGAGCGGCGUGGGACCGCCAACGUCAGCUGGAACGUCCCAAAUGCCACUGACAACUCCAAAGAGGAGGUGACGGUGCAGGUGAAGCCAGUCUACGCUCCUCCCCAGCUGUUCCCCAUCGGAAAAGAGACCAUCACCUACAUCGCGACCGACCGCACCGGGAACCAGGCCAACUGCUCCUUCACCGUCACAGUCAUCGGUGGCCGCCUCACAGUCACCAGCAGCCAUACUCCAGGCUCUCUGUUCCCAGUGGGCGAGACUCUGGUGCAGUACACCGCCACUGAUGCUGCAGGAAACAGCCGCGCCUGCAACCUCACCGUCUCUGUGCAAGGGACAACCUGUGAACAACCCUAUGUCCCAGUGAACGGAGAGUUUGUUUGCGCUGAGGAAGACGAGGGUGUGAACUGUACUCUUCACUGUAAAGACGGAUACAGCUUCACUCAGGAUGCAGUGCACAGUUACCUCUGUGCGUUCAACGGUGUGUGGGAGCCUCCGUACUCUCCUGAGAGACCCGACUGCUCGUUGAACCGUAUCGCAAACAACGGAUUCAAGCCCUUUGAGAUGCUGUUUAAAGCGUCCAGCUGUGAGGACGUAGACCUGGUCAAGUCAUUUACUGGAGAGUUCAACACCAAACUGGGCGGGAUGCUCCCCAACAUUUGCAGCAGCGAUGAUGUCACCUGCAAGCUGGAGGUGAUGUCACAGGGUCACUGUCUGGAGUACAACUACGACUACGAGAACGGCUUUUCUAUUACACCAGGGGGAUGGAGCAACAACUGGAGUCCUCAAGGCUCCCAGGACUACGCCUACUUUGAGUCCGGCUUUGCCACAAGCUCUCGGCAGAUCGCCAACCGGCAGCGAGACGGCGGCGUGAAACCACAUCACCGCGCCAAGAGACACCGGAAAAUCAAAGGCCCCACCAGAGACCAGAAGAUCCAGAUCUUUUUCAACAUCACAGCAAGCAUCCCUCUGCCCCUGUCGAGGAACGACUCAAUAGAGGUGGUCAAUCAGAAGAGGCUCCUGAGGACGCUGGAGCAGCUGACCAAUAGACUGAAGCGAACGCUGGCCAAGCAGCCGCUGUCCAGUUUCCAUGUGUCCUCAGAGAUGAUAGUGGCCGAUCCCAAAUCGCUGGAGAGCAGGAGGGCGUCUCUGUUUUGUCAGCCGGGCUCGGUGCUCAAAGGCAGAAUGUGUGUGCAAUGUCCGGUGGGAACGUACUUCUCUCUGGAGUAUAACGAGUGCGAGAGCUGCUGGCUCGGCUCCUUCCAGGACCAGGAGGGUCAGCUGGAGUGUAAGUCCUGUCCUGAAGGAACCUCCACAGCCUACCUGCACUCCCGCAGUGUGGCCGAAUGCAAAGGGCAGUGCAAACCUGGUAGUCAUUCCCUGAAUGGGCUUGAGAUCUGCGAGUCAUGCCCGCUGGGACACUUCCAGUCGGGCUUUGGCGCCAGGGAGUGUCUGGUCUGUCCUGACGAGACCUCCACCGUCACCAGAGGAGCAGUGGACGAGAUGGAGUGUGGAGUCCCCUGUUCAGCAGGUCAUUUCUCCCGCACCGGUCUGGUCCCCUGUUACCCUUGUCCCAGAGAUUACUACCAGCCUGAUCAUGGCCGCUCCUACUGCCUCUCCUGCCCCUUCUACGGAACCACCACCAUCACAGGGGCAACCACCAUCCAGCACUGCUCCACUCAAUCCAACUGGAAAAGGGAUUACUGCCCUGGGAUUGAGAGGGGAAAGGAAAUAAUGUGA